GCGCUGUAUUCAAGAUGGAAGCCAAACACAUGGAGCAGAUCGUAGAACAAGAUUUACCAAAGGUAAAAUCCACAUUGAAAGAUAUUAAGGACAACCUGACUGGCACCAUUCCACUAGUAUCAGCUUUAAUUGAUAAAGUUCAAAAUGGAAACUGUCCCACAGCAAAGGGAGUGAGUUUUCUAGAGUUGAAAUUUGAGAUGUUAUUGAACUACCUGAUUAAUCUAGUCUAUGUAAUGCUUCGUAAAACCAGUGGUUUAACAAUUCUGGACGACCCAGCUAUUGAAAGACUGGUGGAAAUAAGAACGGUAUUAGAAAGAAUGAGGCCGAUAGAUCAGACAUUAAAAUAUCAGAUUGAUAAACUGAUAAAAACAGCUCAAACUGGCAAACAAGAUUCAAAUGAUCCUCUACGUUUUAAAGCCAAACCUGGUAAUUUUGCUACAGAGGAUGAUGAAGGAGAAGAUGAGGAUGGAGAAGUGAAGAAAUACGUGGCACCUAAAGUAGCUCCAGUUGCUUACAAAGGUGAUCUGACAGCAGCUGAACAAGAAGAUUUAAUAAAACAACGUGCGGUGAAACGAGUGUUGAGUAGUCGAAUGUUGAAAGAAUUACGACACCAAUAUGAUGAUGCUCCUGAAGAAAUCAGAGAAGCCUAUGAUGUUCAUAGAUUACGAGAAAAUAAAAAAGAACGAGAAAAAACAGAAUAUGAAGAAGAAAGAUUUUUGCGUUUACCCAGUAAAAAGAGACAAAAGGGUGCUAAUAAUGAACUAGCUACUCUGACAUCCCUGAAUAAAAUAACUCAGUUUGGUGACAUGUCGGCUCUUUCUGCUGAUGAUGGUAUCUUUAAAAGGCGAGGUGCCAAGAAGAUGAAAAUGACACCUGGAAUGAAAAAGAAAUCUAAAGGAAAAAAGACACCAAAAGGAUCAAAAUCCAAGUUCAAAAAAAGAAAAUAAUUUCACUAGUUUAUCUGUAAAUAUUUGUAAUAAAAUAUUAAAAA